AUGGUGUCUGUAGAAGCAACGAUCAAUUCAGAGUGUGCAGGGCUCAAAACACUGCUUGCCGAAUACUUUUCUGAAGUAAAUAUGCUUGCUAAAAUCCGAGAUACAGACUCUGGAAUCACAGCAAGUAUUGUUGAAAAAGAAAAUAGACUUUCUUCAGUCACCAUUGAAGACACUCCAGAAAAACUGAAACGAGACCCAUCAUCUGAAGAAUUUCUAGAGAAGCAUUUUGAAGAGAUCUCCUUUGGUGGUUCUGCUGCAACUGAAAACUUGAAAAAAGUCGCCAGAGAAACAUUCGCUAGUAUGAUAAAUACUACAGGUUUUGGUGUUGCAGAGGGAUGGAUUCCAGUUGUCAAAGAAAAGCACAUUUCAAUCAAAUACAAAGGAAGAGCAUUUGACCUGGAAGUUUCCUCUAUGCAAUCUCUUUCUGAAGUCAUAUCAACAGCUGAUUCAUUUUUUCUCAGCCUGUGCCUUUCAAAAUGUUUUGUUACCGAUGUCAAAAACUUGCGUGAUGGAUUCUUGUACUAUGCCCUAACCGUCAACGAAGAGCUUCCCAAGAAACAAGUUGUAGAUCACAAUCUGAAUAUAAAGCAUUUCUUUGACAAGAUGAAAAUUGAACGAAAAAGACCCGAAUUUGAUAUCAUCAAGCUCAGAGAAACCUUUACCGAACAAGGAAUUCUUUUUGAAGAUUUGAUGGAGACUGGUGACUUGGCCAUAACUGAUACUGAAUUAGAAAAGUAUGGAAUUGCUCAAGGAGGGCUAAGAACAGCCAUUCUUGCAGUCAUCAAAAAUUAUCUCUGUAUUUGUGUGCCAGAGAUAUUUCAGAGUGAGUCUAGGAACAAAGAUGCCGUUUUUGUGGAUAUCAAGAUUCAACGACUGAAAGAAAUUACCCAGCUUCUUUGUCGCUUCUACGCUUGGCUUCACAUCCAAAUUGUUGUAGUCGAUCAGCAAAUCGCACAGGUGAGUGUUUUAAGAACUUGA